AUGAUGAGAAGCAAUCAAAGCACUACAGUGACUGAGUUUCUCUUCUCUGGAUUCCCUCAGUUUCAAGAUGGCAGCCUUCUCUUCUUCAUUCCUUUGUUUAUCAUUUAUGUAUUCAUUGUCACCGGGAAUCUCAUUGUGUUUUUUGCAGUCAGGAUGGAUGCUCGUCUUCAUAAUCCCAUGUACAAUUUCAUAAGUAUUUUCUCAUUUUUGGAGAUCUGGUACACCACAGCCACCAUCCCCAAGAUGCUCUCCAACCUCAUCAGUGAGCAGAGAACCAUCUCCAUGAUUGGUUGUCUCUUGCAGAUGUACUUUUUCCAUUCACUUGGAAAUUCAGAAGGGAUUUUGUUGACCACCAUGGCUAUAGAUAGGUAUGUUGCCAUCUGCAAUCCUCUACGCUAUCCCACUAUCAUGACCCCUGAGCGGUGUGCUCAGCUCUCUGCAGGCUCCUGCAUCUUUGGCUUUAUUGUUUUGCUCCCAGAGAUUGUAUGGAUUUCCACACUGCCUUUCUGUGGGCCCAACCAAAUCCAUCAGAUCUUCUGCGACUUUGAACCUGUGCUGCGCUUGGCCUGUACAGACACUUCCAUGAUUCUGGUUGAAGAUGUGAUCCAUGCUAUUGCCAUCAUCUUCUCAGUCUUAAUCAUUGCUCUCUCUUACAUUAGGAUUAUCACUGUGAUCCUGAGAAUUCCCUCUGCUGAGGGCCGUCAGAAGGCUUUUUCUACUUGUGCAGCCCACCUUGGUGUCUUCUUAAUGUUUUAUGGCAGUGUAUCCCUCAUGUACCUGCGUUUCUCUGCCACUUUUCCACCAAUUUUGGAUACAGCCAUUGCACUGAUGUUUGCUGUCCUUGCUCCCUUUUUCAACCCAAUUAUUUAUAGCUUGAGAAACAAGGACAUGAAGAUUGCAAUUAAGAAGCUUCUCUGGCCUCAGAAGAAGUUGAAUGCAUCUGUAAGUUAA